AUGCGUCUGUUACAAGCUGUAACCGCCGUGCAGCUGUUGGCUGUAAGCCUUGUGGCUGCGGUCCCCUUUGACUCGCCCUCAACUCCAGUCAUCGAUAUAGACCCUGCAGUAGACCCUCUCGAGGCUCUCGCCCAACUGCAGCAGAGCGCAUACGAAACGCUUGAACAAAAUGAGAGUGUUUCAAAAAGGGCCCCCAAGGGUUGUUCUUUGGCGAAGACAACCAUCCGGAGGGACUGGGAUCACCUGAGCAAGUCAGAGCGGAAAGCAUACAUCAAAGCUGUCCAAUGUCUUCGAACUUUGCCAGCCAAGUCCGACAAAUCGUGGGCUUCAGCAGCGAAGACGCGCUUCGAUGAUUAUGUCGCCAUCCACGUGAACCAGACCCUUGGUAUUCAUGGCAAUGGUCUCUUCCUCACAUGGCACCGCUACUUUGUCUGGUCGUACGAGCAAGCCCUCCGAAACGAAUGUGGCUACAAGGGCUAUCAACCAUACUGGAACUGGUUCGCACAUACCGACAACAUCUACAAAUCACCUGUCUUCGACGGGAGUGACACCAGUCUGGGUGGCGAUGGCGAGUUCUUCGCACACAAUGGCAGUCUUGCCGGUGCCCGAACAAUCUCCAUCCCCUCUGGAAAAGGAGGCGGAUGUGUCAAGAGCGGCCCAUUCAAGAACACGGUGGCGAACAUUGGUCCGAUUUCUCCUGGUAUGCAAGGCUUCCCUGAUUUGGGCAUCGACACCAACGACUACAACCCUCACUGCCUGCGCCGAGACAUCAGUCCUUACAUUCCCAAGAAGUGGUUCACUACGGCGAACUUACUGAAUGUGACCAUUGGCAGAGCUUCUCAGACGCAUCGCGACUUCUGGGUCGAGAUCCAAGGUCGCUACCCGGAUGGCUUCCUCGGUCUACACACCUCAGGUCACUACACCAUGGGUGGCGACGGAACUGAUCUCUACUCCUCUGUGAACGACCCCGUCUUUUGGCUCCACCACGCUAUGCUUGACCGCAUCUACUGGAUUUGGCAGACGCUUCACCCACGUGAGGCGAAUGAGGUGACCGGUACUUUGACCUUGUCGAACAAGCCUCCAACCCGCAACGCCACCAUCGACGAGCCCUUGGUCUUGGGAGUCAACGGAAAGACUGUGAAGAUUCGCGAUGUGCUCAACACCCUUGGCGGUAGCCCUCUGUGCUAUAUCUACUUGUAA